AGUUUCAAUUUUACUGGAUUACAGAACAAAGAAAGGGGAAAGGGACACCCUGCUCUGUGGAGGGGUGGGAAAAAAAGCGAAAUAAACUAAGAAUAAAUACACAAAUUAUAGACUGUUAAACGUGCGAUCGAAGUCAACAGAGUGAUGAUCCGGAUUACGAUGUUUUAGCAAGACGGCACAGCUACAUUGUGGAUGGGAAUUGCGAGCGUUUUCCGAUGGAUUAAAACGGGGGGGAAUAAAAAACCUAUUCCGGGAUUGACAGCAGCAACAAGGCUCUUUAACCGCUAAUUAAGAGAGGCAUGGCUCAGAUGAGGAAGCUGGCAUGCGACGGCGUCCGGACCAACUCCUCCCACCGGGGCGACCCGCAGGCCCCGCUGGCGUCGGCCCGACAGGAGAUCCUCACCAGCCUGGUGUCCGCCCUGGACUCGGUGUGCAUGGCCAUGUCCAAGCUCAACGCCGAGGUGGCGUGCGUCACCGUGCACGAGGACAGCGUGAUCGCCGUCGGCACGGAAAAGGGCCGAGUGUUCCUCAACUCCAGGAGGGAGAUCCAGACCGACUUCUACAAGUUCUGCCGGGGUCCGUGUCUGCAGAAUCCCCCCACAGCCAACACUCAUACCAAAGACCAGGAAGGAGAGCUCAGCAAACCCAGUGAGGACGGCGAGCUCGGGAAAUCCAGAGCGCCGUCGGACGCCCAGUCCAACAUCUUUGUUCUGAGGAAGAUGGUGGAGGAGGUCUUCACUGUACUCUACAGCGAGGCCGUGGGGAAGAGCAGCCUGGUCCCCGUGCCUUACGAGUGGAUCCAGAAGGACCCCGGCUGCGUGGCGGCCCACGGUUUGCCCGAGGGAGUGGCCCUGCAGAAGCCCUCGGAGUACGACACCAAGACGCUGAUGAAGAUCCUGGAGCAGAGCCACCGCAUCCAGUUCAGCGUGAAAAGGCCGGCGGACGACUUGCCUCGAGAAGCCAAGCCCGCCACCGACAUCAAUCACAACUCUUCCACCGGCGCCGUGACACCCGGCAGCCACGGCGCCGGGAAGACCGCCGCCGCCGCCGCCGCCGCCCAGGCGGUCACGUCGUUAAGUCCCGCCUCUUCCAGCAACUCCGUCCUGUCGAACUUCCUGUACGGCAUGCCCAUGUCCUCCAAACCUCCCCCGGACUGCAAGCUGGACUUCAAGCCCAUGUCGCUCCUCAACCUGGGCAAGGACCGGCUGGCCAACUGGACCGCGGGCGCCGACAAGACGGGCACGUCCGCCAAGGACUGUCCCGGCAACGACGAGGCGUUGCGACUCCCCGGGGAGGAGGGGCAGAGCCCUCCUGGCGUCCACAUCUCCAAGAGGCUGCUCUUCUCCAUCGUACAUGAAAAAUCCGAAAAAUGGGACUCUUUCAUUCGGGAAAUGGAGGACAUCAACACGUUGAGAGAAUGUGUGCAGAUCUUGUUCAAUAGCAGAUACGCCGAGGCCCUGGGUCUGGACCACAUGGUGCCCGUCCCCUACCGCAAAAUCGCCUGCGACCCCGGGGCCGUGGAGAUCAUCGGCAUCCCGGACCAGAUCCCCUUCAAGAGGCCGUGCACCUACGGCGUUCCCAAGCUCAAGCGCAUCCUGGAGGAGCGCCACGGGAUCCGCUUCAUCGUCAAACGAAUGUUUGAUGAAAGGAUUUUCACCGCCGCUGGCAAGAUGGCGAGGGAGGAGGGCAAGCACGACCCGGGCUGCACGCUCGAAGACGGCUUCCUGGACAACCUGAGCAUCUCGCCCAGCGCAGCCGAGCCGCUCAGCAGCAGAUCAGCGAGUGCGUGCGUGAGUCCCUUGGCGGACUGUGAAGCAGGUCCUUCUGGGGAUUGCGUCCCUCUGAAAAGGAUUAAAACGGAGCCUCCGGACGGGGACGGGGUCCAGGCCGCCGUGCCGGAGGCCGUUACGGGAGGGGAGGAGCCUAGCGAGUCCGUGGCCGAGCCGCCAGCCGCCGCUGCCGCCGCGUGUCCGGCCGCGUGUCCGGCCGCGGCCGAGCCCGCCGCUCCCUCUGCUCCCCACCACCCGGUGGAAAACCCAGAAGCUGAAGCUCUGUCGCCCGACGCCGCGUCCCAGAGCGCCCGGAGAUCCUCUGAAGCUGGGAGUCUGGUGGAGGACAUCGGUGAAAUGAUUCUUCAGCUUCGGAGACAAGUGGAGAGCCUCUUCAGCAUUAAGUACGCCGACGCCCUGGGCCUCCCUGAGCCGGCCGCGGUGCCCUACUCCAAGUUCCAGAUGUACCCGGAGGACCUGUACGCCAGCGGGCUGCCCGAGGGCGUCUCGGUCCGCCGGCCCGGCUGCUUCGGAGCGGCCAAGCUGCGCAAGAUCUUAGCCGCCAGCGGUCAGAUCCAGUUCGUCAUCAAGAGGCCCGAGCUGCUGGCCGAGCAGGUGAAACAAGAGAUGCCUCCCAUCGCCGUCUGUGACCCCGAGCUCGACGCCCCGGAUGCAACGCCGGGACCGGAAGACCCGGCCUCCAAGAGACCCGGUUUCUCAGAGUGCCUGGAGUCCAAGCUGUCCAGGAUCGACCUGGCCAACACGCUGCGCGAGCAGGUCCAGGAUCUGUUCAACAGGAAGUACGGCGAGGCGCUGGGCAUCAAGUACCCGGUCCAAGUGCCUUACAAGAGGAUCAAGAACAACCCGGACUCGGUCCUCAUCGAGGGCCUCCCCCCCGGCAUCCCCUUCAGGAAGCCCUGCACCUUCGGCUCCCAGAACCUGGAGAGGAUCCUGGCGGUCGCCGACAAGAUCAACUUCACCAUCACCAGACCUUUUCAAGGACUCAUUCCAAAACCAGCGCCUCGCCGCGUCACUUUACUGAAGAAGGCCUACGCCUCGAUAAGCGACGACGACGACGUCAACCGCCUGGGGGAGAAAGUCGUCCUGCGGGACCAGGUCAAGGAGCUCUUCAACAGGAAGUACGGUGACGCUCUGGGACUGGACCGCUCCGUCGUGGUCCCCUACAAGCUGAUCCGCGGCAGCCCCGAGUCGGUGGAGGUGGGCGGGCUCCCGGCCGACGUCCCCUUCAGGAACCCCAACAGCUACGACAUCGUGUGCCUGGAGAAGAUCCUCCACGCCGCCGACAACCUCACCUUCGACAUCAAGAGCCAGCUGCAACCCUUUGCAGAGAUCUGCAGUCAGGCCUGUAACACCGUAGCGACGGACGUCUCCACCAAUCGACGGAAGCGCAAGAGAGUCCAGGAGAGCAGCCGAGGCCCCGCCUCCUCCGACCUGACGUCGACCAAUCAGAUUCCAGUGAUGCAGUGGCCCAUGUACAUGGUGGACUACAGCGGGGUGAAUGUGCAGGUUCCCGGGAAAGUCAACUACUGAAGGACGGACCUGGACUGCAGCAAAGAGAAGGGGGGGGGGGACUCUUUCCACACGAACACUUGGUCAGAGCCUGGAGGACCGAACACGGAGAGUUCAACAGAAUGUAUGUGUGUGGAUCGCGGAGGCCCAAAGCUUGUUUCCUGCCCCCCCCCACCCGAAGCGGAUGGCGGCGGCGCUUCGGUCCGCGUGUCCAUCUCACCGAGUCGCGUCGCCGUAUCCGACGACGACGAACGACGUCUUUGAUAACAAUCCGGACUCCGUAAUAUUCAGAUAUUUGUACUUUUUAUUUAUUAUAUUUAUUGACAUAUAAACAUUACGCGCAGGGAUGUAAAGUACACGACUCCGUUCUGCGGCUCUCGACACUCAAGCGCCGACAUCAGAGGAAACGGCCGGUCAUGAAGUGUCUUAAUCAAAGGAAGAGGAGAUGACGGACUCUCGCUGCUCAUCGCGUCGGAUACGUCACAACAGCCUGAAUGUUUCACGGGAAGGAAGGAAUGGUUAUAUUUAAUAAUGCUGUACCUUAACGCCAAUUAGGCCUUUGAAUAAAAUGUGUUGCCUUGCACUUUU